AUGAAGUGCAUGAUCCUGAUCCUUGUCGCCGUGGCCCUCUUCAAUAUUGUUUCUGGAAGAAAGUGCAGCUUCAACAAAGAUGGAGAGAAGGCGAAGGAGGUUGAUUGCGGAGACAGCUGCGACUUCUGCCGCUUCGUUCAGAUCAAGGACGACCUGAAAGACAAAUCAUUCAAAGCGCAGGGAUGUGGUUGUGGGGCUGAUAAGUCGUUGAAGGUCACGGCAGUGGAUACCUUCGGAAUUAACUCGCUUGGAGAUUGCGCGACGACUUCCUUGAUCAAGGGAACCCGGGAGGCCGGUGGCAAGACCCCAAUUGAGAUCCAUAUCGAGUGUUGUAAGAAGAACGAGUGCGCU